GAGAAGGGAAGACAUGGCCGUGACGGCGGAAGCGGCGGCAGAGAUGGUGUUGGAGCGGCGGGCGUACGCGCGGGUGGGGCUCCUCGGCAACCCCAGCGACGUGUACGGCGGCAGGGCCCUGUCCUUCGCCAUCGCCGACUUUUCCGCCACCGUCCACCUCCGCCCUUCGCCCGAGCUGCUCAUCCAGCCGCAUCCGCACCACGACCUCGUCGCCUUCCCCUCUCUCCCUCAACUCGUGAGCCGUUUGCAAAGUGAAGGAUAUUAUGGAGGCGUCCGGCUGCUGAUGGCUAUCUGUAAAGUUUUCUACAACUAUUGUGUUCAAAAUAACAUCAGUUUAAAAGCUGAAAAUUUCACCUUAUCAUACGAUACUAAUAUUCCUCGGCAGGUAACUAGUCAGAAUCCACUCCAUUUGUUUCACCCUUUUACUCGCAUCACAUAUUGGCAGCUGUAGAUUAAUCCUUGCUAUAGCAUUUUCUUGAUAUGCUGAUGGGUUGGAGAUUGAAUGGAUAUUAUCUUGAUUCUUUUGUUCUGUAGUCUGGGCUGUCUGGUUCGAGCGCGAUUGUUUGUGCUGCUCUAAGCUGCCUUCUUGACUUCUAUAAUGUCAGACAUCUAAUAAAAGUUGAAAUGAGACCUAAUCUGAUUCUCAAUGCUGAGAAAGAGCUUGGGAUUGUUGCUGGACUUCAGGACCGAGUGGCACAGGUUUAUGGUGGACUAGUUUAUAUGGAUUUUAGCCAGGGUCAUAUGGACAAGCUGGGUCAUGGCAUAUACAUGCCAUUGGAUGUCAAUCUGCUUCCUCCUCUAUACCUCAUCUAUGCCGAUAACCCCAGUGACUCUGGCAAGGUCCACAGCACUGUUAGACAAAGAUGGCUGUCAGGUGAUGAUUUUAUAACAUCACGUAUGAAGGAAGUAGCGCAGCUAGCGCUCGAUGGCCACAAGGCUUUGCUGCAGAAGGAUUAUACUGAGCUAGCGAGAUUUAUGAAUAAGAAUUUUGAUCUGCGAAGGGAGAUGUUUGGAGAUGAUGUACUUGGUGCAUUGAACAUAAAGAUGGUGGAUGUGGCACGCAGCGUGGGCGCAGCGUCCAAGUUCACUGGCAGCGGAGGCGCAGUGGUGGCGCUGUGCCCAGAUGGGGAUUCGCAGGUGGAGCGUCUCCGCAAGGGAUGCCAGGAGGCCGGCUUUGUAGUACAGCAAGUGAAAGUUGCCCCCUCGGUGCUGACGGACGAGGAGCUGUCAAGUUUAUUAUUAGCUUCCUAGUUGAACGAUAAGAAAGGUGAACAAGACAACAAAACAGUUGUGCGACGUUCCUUCAUUUGUGGUGUUUUGAUGUGUGCGAUGAUGUGUCUGUUUAGUUGAUAUUCAAUAUAAGAGACGGUUUGGAACUUC